CGCUCGCGGGGGAACAAUGCGCUAGGCGUCGUCUCGGCCGGCGUCGUUUCGCGCUGUCCCCGUGCCACGAUCAUGAUGACGCCGCCGAUGGCCGUGUGCUCCGCGCUGCUCCUCGCCGUCGUCGCCGCGCUGGGAGCGGCCGAGAACGUGCUGGAUGCCAUACGCAACGACGGCGAGCUGUCCUCGUUCUACCAGCUGGCCGAGCGGGUAAAGCUGUUCGUGGCGUACAGCGAAAGCACAGACAUCACGUGCUUCGCGCCCACCAAUGACGCCAUCGACAGGUUCCGCGAGAGCUUCCCCAACAAGCCCAUCGAGGUCACCUACCAUGUCGUUUCGCUCAAUCUGGCGGAGGACAACCUUCCUUCGUCGGUGCCAACAAUUGCCAAAGGGUCACCGCAGCUCUACCUCACCAGGGGGCGGGACAGGUUCUUCUUCGUCAACAACGCCAAGGUGAUUCGGCGGAGGGAGCUCACGUUUGAGCAGUACAAGCAGAAACUGUAUGUGAUUGACGAUGUGCUCGAGGCGUUCAUCCCGACCAGCGGUGUGACGCCGAACGCCUUCGAGUUCCUCAACCAGCCGUCCAUCUACAACAUCAACCAGAGGCUCGUGUUCUUUCACUCACGCGUCCAGAUGGCGUAUGAACAGAGUCUCUUCACUGAGGACGGCAUGCACACAUUCUUUGUGCCCGUGGACGACGCGGACCCGGCCAAGCGCACCCGCGUCGAGAUUGACAAAUACGUGGUUCGCGGCCACGUGAUCAAGAACCGCCGCCUCUUCACGCGUACAAUGGGCAAUGAGACGUACGAGUCAGCCGCGUGGGAGGAGAACGCCGUCAAGGUCGAACUGUCACUCGCCAACCAGUCGGAUUCGGCCGGUGCCGAGUACACACUGUUCGCGCAGAGCAACACCAUGUCGACCGAGCCGCAGCGCCAGAAGGGCGUGGUGUUGUCGAAGAUCGUCAAGCCCAACAUCCCCGUCAAGAAUGGCGUCGUCCACUUGAUCGAGAAGCCGCUCAUGGUCGUCGACACCUCCAUCAAGGACUUCUUCCAACGGGAACGGCACGGACGCCUCGAAGACUUCAUGCGACUAGUGGACUACUCGCCGGAUUUCCUGAUGGAUCUGGAUGGGAACCAGCCCAAGACCGUGUUCGCGCCCACCAAUGAUGCCCUGAAAGUGAUCCCGGCUAGCGUGCUGGACACACUGAAGGCCAACACGUCUGGACUCACGCAGCUCCUCCGGUUGCACAUGAUCAAGAACGAGGCGGUGGCGUCUGACGAGGUGCUGGACGCGAGCCGGGCUGGAAUCUUCGAGCGGGAAUCUGCCAGCAGCCGGCGGAUGCUCUACAUGCGCGUCGUCGAGGGAGAACACGGACGCACGCUAACGGUGGAAGGGGGUGGCGUGAACGCCACUGCCGUCCAAGCGGACAUCGGAGCCACCAACGGUGUGAUCCACAUCAUUGACCGCGUGCUCGGAAUGCCUUCGCACACCAUCUACGAGAAGAUCAGCAGCGACCCCGAGCUCAAGGACACGAGGCGUUUCGCCCAACACAAGGGCUGGAUUGAACGGCUGAAGAACACCGACAAGCGGUACACCUUCUUCGCGCCGAGUGACAACGCCUGGCACGACAUCAAGCUGGAGUUCCCGUCCGAGUACAAACAGCUGUCUAUGGACCAGUUCGGAUACCAUGCGGAGAAAAUUCUUGAGCGUCACCUAAUAGUAGGAAGAGAAAUACCUCAAAUGGAACUGGAGAACUUAAAGUCCAUUGAGACAGCCAGAGGCAAGAUGGACGUCCGAAAUGUUAACGGCAAAAUCCACCUGCUGUGGGAAGGCCGCGAGGCGGUCGUCGUGCGCCCCGACGUACAGGCCACGAACGGAGUCAUCCACGUGAUCAGCAAGGUGAUGAUGCUGCGCAGGGACAUGACUUCGGCGGCCGCCGCGCCGGCAACACCGGUCGCCGCCGUGUUGCUGGGGCUGGCCGCAGGGCUCGUACUCCGGACGCCGCGCGCCUGAGCCCAGCGGCCACCGCCACUCAUCCACAUUUGCCCCGACCCCCACCUCCUUGUUUCGAAAAACAAAACCGGCUCCAUUCUGUUUCGGCCUCGGGUGGCGCACGGCGACUGCUUGAUCCAGUAGAACACGUUGCUGGACAGAUAGUUCUCAAAGGUAGAGCAAGUUGCCCUAUGCACUUGCUGUACGAAACGACGACGUACUUUGUGUAGCAUGUCGCUGUGCAAGUCGCCGUGUCGGCCCCUGGCCAGGGGUAAAUCUCAUUUUUUGACUCGUUCUCUUUCGAGCACGUGUGUGAGUGUGCGUGUUAAAUCCGGAUGCUUAGUGUGGCGCACAAAGAAAAAAAAAUAAUGGCAGCUCUUCAAGGAUGGGUGACGUUAAGUUCUUAACCGCCUGAAAAAAAGAAAAUAUGCUUCUUGUCGAAAUGGUGCGCCGCGCUGUCUGUCUGCCGUUCGCUUUGGCCCGUUUUAGUGUCAUCAUUAACGUUGACUUCGAUGUUCGAUCACCCCGCUUCACUUUUCUCGUCAAGCAGUCUUCAUAACGCCCAUUCCUGGAGAGCGGGAUUCUCGAGUGUUCGGCGGUCAGAGCGGGCGCUGGCUUUAUGCGCAGCGCAAGGAAAGGGAGAAACAAGCCAAUAAUGCAACACAUUCCGUGCCCCACUUCUUCUAACAGCCCGGCGCAAGCAAGGCGCGCUCGUUCGUGCUUGCUCUUGGAGUCGGGAGAAGACUAUGCUCGAGUCGACUGCCACACAUGUCCACACGACACGCACGGCCAACCCCCACCCGGAGCGCUGCCACAAAGGAGCCGCCUUUGCUUUGCUGCCGCGGACACACUUUUCUCCCAUUGUUUCACUGGCGUUGGUGGUGUUUUGUUGUAAGAGGUUUUUAGGUCGGCAUCUCCAUCACAGAUAUUAUUACCCUGUACAUAACGCAUAUUCUACGGGGUCUCCUAGAAACGUUUUACGAAAUGGCACGGCGAAUCUUCAACUCUGUGCUGUUGCUCGGGCUUUAUAAGCACCUAUUUUUGUUUACAGCAGCAUAGCUAAAGCUCACUUAUUCUAGCCGACUCGAGUCACUUGUUUUAUUUUUCGGCAGUUAUAGAUAGGAGAUAAUUAAUUUUGGUUCCUCUGCGAAUGACUCUGCGAUGAACUGUACUGGCAGCAUGAGCACUGUAUAGUCUAUGUGUGACGUACGUCAUGAAGUUUGUGUGAAGCUUCCAUUUAAAGAAAGUUGAGCUAAUGCUCUAGAUGUGAUGUCUAGCGCGAAUAACCGAAUUGCCUCUGCCAACUUUAUUCAGAUUGGAAAGCGUUACGUCGGAGCUGUUUAGAAAAUCGUUGACAAGGCCUAAUAUUUGCGGGAGAGAGUGCACGCUUAAGUCGUGGAAUUUCAAGUCACAGCGUCCAUCAACAGUCGCUUUGAACAAAAUGUAUUUUAGCAGCUUUUGAAUAUCCGCUCAGAAUAUGUCACAUGAAGUCGAAGACACAUUGUGCUGCGUUCCACGUUUAGUCCGAAAUCCUUUCAUCCGCUAAGCUUUGUCUUUUGGAAAUACCACAGAGAUUAAAACUUGUUGCGUCUCUCUCGUGAUCCCUUAAACACCUUGUACAUAGGGAUAUACAUUAUAAGCGUAUCUAUUGUUCGCGCAACCCGCAGAGAUAUUUUGGUGGCUACCAUCCUUGGUGAAAAAAAAAAACAACGUUGGUGUACAGUAGUGUCACUUAAUGUUAAAAACGUUUCUUUCUGCUCAAUUAAAAUUCCCUUACAAGUAUAGCAUAUUAUAUGUACACAUAAUGCAGACACUCUCUCAUAUGCAUAACUAUCUGUAUGGAAUACUCCAUUGUUCUCCCAUGUUUCUCUCGAGCUUCAAGUAUUUGUGUGGCUUUGUUCGUUUUUCGUGUCUAUUUCGGGGCGCACCUCGCUCAGCGCCUCGUCAACUGAGUUUGCGCGGAAGCCUUCCCCGGGUCUGUGUCGUGUUCCGGGGGAAAGGCGCCGCCCGGUCGUGUUUGCCUUCCUGUCCGAGGCCAUAGCUUUUUUGUUCCGUGUCCUGGUAGAACCAAAGAAUAAAAGGGAACUAUGCUUCAACUAAGAAUACUAUUUUUCUGUCUGCUGCCGCUGCGAAUCAGCCACUCGGGAAGCGCGACGUAGCAUUCCUAAUCACCUCCGUAUCAGACCUGGCUGGGUCAUGUGCGCUUCUCGCGUGGUUGAUUGGCGAGACAGAGACCUCGGUGUGAUAUGGGCGCUAAAAUGCGACGCAUUGGGCCUGAAAAAAAAUUUCGUAUAAGCAGCGCUAGCUUACGAGUGUUUUACCUCCGGUCGGAUUGCCUCGAGGUCACAAGGGCACCGCGGCUCUCACGUGUCGGGAGCGCGGCGCUGAGGAAUUCCUUUGGGAGUCAAGAAAGCAGUGACGGAAAGAUUCCUGCGAUCAGGUCAAGCAGAGAGGGUCUUUAUUUUUUUAUACACGUUGUUGUUGGUUUGUUACGAUAGUUGCUGCUAUUUAUAUAGACGCAUAGUAUUUCAUUUCGCUGUUUUCCUUUGGUUGGCCGAGCGCCGUCUGCUGGUUGUCGAAAUCCCCUUGGGCUUCUCAGAAAUCUGGCCUCGUGGCCUCCCCCACGCAAACGAUCAGGGUGCGCACAACACACAGGGCACCUCUGGUUAUUUACACGAGAACAACACUGCCAUAUUUUGAACGCAUGUCGAACCAAGUGUGUCAAGGUGUGGGUCCAUCUAAUUUAAUUGUACAUCCCCAGCAUACACACAGAACGCAAGUUCUCCAUGAUUAUCAUUGUGCGAUAAUGUUGCGGAGAAACAUGUUUUUUUGUGCAAAGUAUGAGUGUAAACUGAAAGAUUAAAUAAAAUAGUGCUUCAAAUGUUGACCAGCCA